ACUUUGCUGCUCAGAUCAGCGAUGCCCUUGGGGAGAAGGGAGGGGUUGGAGAGGCUUUUCUGGGGCUACAUCAAAGAAGAGCUUGGAUUUCUCCUAGAAUGAUGCUCCCAAACCUUAGGGUGUGCCCUUGUCUGGAGAAGGGUGGAGCCCCUCGAUGGGCUGCGGAGUCAUCCGGCCCCAGAAUUCCGGGGUCUGCCUGGCUAGCUGGAGUGGGACUGCUGAUAGGCCUUCUGAGUGCGCUCGGCUGCAGCGCUCAGGCCCCAGGUUUAAGCAUGGCAGAAGGUGACACCUUGGUCUCAGUGGAUUACGAAAUUUUUGGGAAGGUUCAAGGGGUGUUUUUCCGCAAGUACACUCAGGCUGAAGGUAAAAAGCUGGGUUUGGUAGGCUGGGUCCAGAAUACAGAUCGGGGCACAGUGCAGGGACAACUGCAAGGCCCCAUCUCCAAGGUGCGUCACAUGCAGGAAUGGCUGCAGAGAAGAGGCAGCCCUAAGUCACACAUCGACAGAGCAAACUUCAACAACGAGAAAGUCAUCUUAAACUUGGAUUAUUCAGACUUCCAAAUUGUAAAGUAAUGGCCUGGAUUAAUUUUUUCAAAAUAAUCUCACUCCUUUUU